AUGGUGGAUCCAGCACGAGCACGACCACCUCAAGUGUUUGUCAAUUUAGGCACAACCGAAAUGUCUGAUGAUUUCAUCAGACAUCUCGUGUUGGGCCUAACAGAUUCAGGGAUGCUCAACGUUUUCAUAGACAGAGAAGAGUGGUUGGGAAAAAACCUAAAUCAUAUAUAUACUUAUAUCGAGGAAUCAACAAUUGCGCUCGCUAUCUUCUCUACGCGGUAUCCAGAGACAGAAUGGUGUUUGGACGAGCUUGUGAAGAUGAAGGAACGAGCAAGCGAUAACAAACUCUUGGUGAUUCCUAUCUUCUAUAAUGUGAGCAAGAACGAUGUGAGAAACCUCGAGGGAGAGUUUGGCGACGGAUUCAUGGAAAUGAGACAAAGAUAUACGAAAUACAAAUACGAUCCAUUUAGGGUUCAAAGAUGGGAAACUUCGUUGGCGUCUAUUUCAAGAAUGGAGCCUUGUUUAACGUGGGAAACACAAAGCUCAAAUAUCUCUCUUAUCACGGACAUUGUUAGGGAGGUUAAGAGAAAUCUAGACAUGGAUGCGGACCCGAGAAGAACAAAAAUGGCGUUUGUAGAAGUGUUUGUUUCAGCUUUCAUUGUGGCUUUUGUCUUUAGUCUCUUGGUAGCGCGUCUACCUUUCACAGAUGUGAAUUUUUUCAGGACUGCAAAGUGGUUAGUAGGUUUUCCGGUUACAUUUAUUGCCUUACUUCAGUUGUAUUCUGCAUUGUCACAAUGA